AUGAUUCUGGGGUCUAGUCCGCUGGAAGAUCAGUUUUCUUUUGAGCCUUCGCCACCUCUACGUGUAAAGCGCCGCGAUGCGCCUGCGUCCGAUUGGGACGUCAAUGUCAAUAAAAUCGUAACUAGCGUGAUCACCGAAAUGAACGACAAAAAGGACGAAGACGGCCGGCGUUUGGGCGAUUCGGACAUGGGCAAAGCCGAUGCCAGUCUGCCCUCUGUAAGCGCCGCCGCCCGCUCUUUUGCCAGUGCCUCUUCAUGUCCUUCUGGGGGCGGUUCCGGCUCCACAAUAUCUAGUAAUCCUUGUGAAGGUUUGCGUUUGGGCCCCCAUACGCCGCCCCUUCCAGCGUCGCCCACAGAGCCCCGGCCCGUUUUGCAGGCGUCCUCGUUUUUUGGCGACCCGUUCUCGCAGUACAUGGAAGAUCGCAUGGCGCAGUUUCGGCCCACGCCGUCGCAGAAUAAUAUAGAGAGGGCGCUCAAUUUCGGCCAUCCGUACCAACUUACGGGCGAAACAGAACGGGGUCGGAAAACGGUGCGACAGCCGAAAACGGGAACGUCUGCUUUUGUCACUGAUCCCAACAGUUCCUACUCUUUUCUUGCCUACAACCAAACGAGACCCGCAGCAGAAAUGACCCAGAUGACAGAAAUGACCCAAGUGAUGGGUCUCGCUAACACUGCUCCCGAACCUCAGCCUUUGGUGAUGGAGUAUACACCAGAGGCAAUUCCUGUACUCGACAGUAAGAGGGAGGAGCUAGAGUCCGCCAACUGCUGGUGUCUUGUGUGA